CGCAGUUUUUGAUAACAAAAAAAAUCUCCAACACUCUAUGCGUGUACAGUUCUCCAGUCUAAUCAGAAGUGCCAAGAGUGCGAAGUGCUAGUUAUCAUGAUGUUCCCCUAUUUUGCAGUAGGCGGAGCGUGAGUGAACGUGUGUUGGAAGUUUAUAAAUUGGACAGUUGUUUCACCUUGUGGUCGCAGUAAAGGACUAACGUUCAGGGAACGUACGGUCGACACGGGACCCUAUCUUCAAAUUUUCCAAUUUUAAAAAGCGUUUUUUUUUUUUACCAUGAGUAAAGAAGUCGAGAUGAAGGAAGUGGAGCUCAACGAGUUGGACGAGAAGCAGCCGAUGACCGGAGAUGGUUCGGGCGAGAAAAACGGCUCCGUGAAGGUGAAGGUCCCAGAGGACUCAGAGGUGAAAUUCACCGGCCUGUCAAAAGAAGAACUUAUGCGAGUUGCAGGCACCGCAGGAUGGGUCCGGACUCGCUGGCUCUUGCUGGUUUUAUUCUGGCUCGGCUGGGUGGGCAUGUUGGCUGGGGCUAUCGUGAUCAUUAUCCAGGCCCCACGCUGCAAGCCUCUGCCCGAGAUGAACUGGUGGAAUGAAGGGCCUUUGUACCAGAUCAGAGAUUUAGAGGCCUUUGCUGGCGACAAGGGCCUGGCAGGAGUGGAGGAGAAGUUGGAUCUGCUGAAUCAGCUGAAGGUCAAGGGCUUGAUCCUCGGUCCUCUCCACACUGUUCAGGUCAACCAGGAACCUACGCUGAACCUGAAGGCCAUUGACUCCCACGGCGGGUCUAUGGAGCAGUUGGCCAGUCUGAUGGAACGCGCUCACAAGAAGGGUAUUUCCAUUGUUUUGGACUUGACACCUAACUACGAAAGUGCCGCCAAUGAAUGGUUCAGCGGAUUUAGCAACAUGGCCCUGAGACUCAAGGAGGCCUUGGAGUUCUGGGCGGAUAAAGGGCUGGACGGCGUCCUGCUGUACUCGCUGGAUCGGGUUUACCCCGUCAGCCCUGAGCGGUGGACUCCACUGUUGGCUACUCUGCAGGUGGAGGAGGUGGAAGGGGCCAAGAAAAGAGCUCUGAUAGGUGUGGCGGACAGACUCCCGAUAUCCGACGCGGUGGAGUUGCUCAACAGCACGGGCAUGAACCUGCUGCUGCCCGAGCUGGACCCUGCGGCCAGCGGCCAGUCCUGGGCCUCCACCAUCGAGCAGCUCCAUACCAGCCACCUGCAGACCAGCCAGGGCUGGUGCCUGAGCCGGCCCACCAAGGGUCACCUGGCCUCGCUGGUCACGCCAAAGCUGCUGCGCCUCUACCAGCUCCUCCUGUUCACGCUGCCCGGCACGCCCGUGUUCAACUACGGCGACGAGAUCGGACUCGAGGACCAGGAGACCAUUUAUCCUGCCAUGGUGUGGGACUAUGAGGGACCUGAAGAUGAAACAAAUACUACAGCAAAGGAGCUAAGAGCAGAGCUGAAGUCUCGGCGGGACUGGUUCCGGGCGCUGAGCGACCUGCGUGGUAAGGAGCGCUCGCUGGCCCACGGCGACUAUGUGGGCCUGCACAACGCCACCUCCUCCCUGGCGUACGUGCGCGUCUGGGACCAGAGCGAGCGCUUCCUGACCGCGCUCAACUGGGGCUCGGCCGCCGUCACGCUUCAGCUCACCCAGCCGGAGCUGCCCGCGCAGGCCCAGGUCCGAUACAGCACUGACCUGGAACGGCACGCACAGGACACCAUGGUGGACCUGGACGCUCUGGAGCUUGGGCCCGGGCAGGCUCUGCUGCUGUCCUACCCGUUCUCAGCGUAGAGUCCAGGAGACGAGCACAUGUAGACAGAUACACGUAGAUGCAGCUUAGAACUGUGUGAGACACACAGGCACACUGGGCAAGUAGAUUCUGAAAAAGUUAAAGGUAUCUACAAACAGGAUCUUUUACACAUACAAGAUUGAGCAUCUGCAGAACAAUUAUUAGCCAUAUCUGCAUUGGGCCUGUUCAAUUUCAGAAAUAUCUCCUGAGAGGGUGAGCAUUUGUUUGAGUUUGAGCAUUUGUUUGAAAGUGCUACGAAAAGGUCAUUUUUAAAUUUCAAAACCGAGUUAUUUUAACCGCCUUUAAGAAAGAAAAAAAGUUACAAUAGAAGGGGAAAGUGAGGCAAUGUGAACGGCAGACUUUGUUUUUUACUGCUCUGUGCUUUCAACUUUGCCUUGAUACAAAGUUAGCAGGAAAAGGCCUAUGUGUCAUCAGGCUGAACCAAAGGAAAUAAAAACACCCUCACUGACACAAAA